AUGAAGAAUGUUGAGGCAAAUUUGCCGGAACCAUGCCCUGGGUUUGCACUGACGAGAGAACAGCCGCUGCGACAGGUCUAUCCUGACCCUGAGACAGUACCAGGAGCUGCCUCCACUAGGCUUGAUAUUUUCGCUGUGCAUGGGUUGAACCCUCGAAGUAGGGACGAUACCGAGCACGCGUGGAACACAUGGCGUAACAGGGCCAGUGGGAGACUGUGGCUCCGUGAUGACCUUCCACAAUCCACUCCCGAUGCCCGCAUAUUCAUCUACGAGUACAACGCGACGGCAGUUUAUGGCAAGGACAAGAGCACCUUCGUUGACAAGUCGAAUGAGCUCCUGGAGGCGGUCAGAGCAGAGCGAGAUGAUGAGGAACGGCCGAUCCUGUUUCUGGCCCACAGCAUGGGCGGACUUCUCGUCAAGCAGGCCCUUAUCAACGCUGGCAUGAAUCCCAAGUACAGCAUGAUCAAGAGCAUGACCAAAGGGAUCGCCUUCUUCGCUACGCCGCACCACGGCGGGGACAUGACGCUGGUUGGCCUUGGCUCCAUCGCAACCAAGAUUGCACGAACGGCCGGCCUCCAGCAAGGUGAUGACGUGUUGGAAACCUUGAAGAGUGGCAGUAUAUUCUCCGAUGUUAUGCACGAGCACUGGAGACAUCAGAUGGUGGAGUACAAUAUCAUCUCGUUCUGGGGUGCAUUAGAUACCGUCGUUCCGGGAGAAAGCGCCAGGCUAGGCAUGUCAGGCGACAGAGAGCACAUUGUCAAGCUGAACGCUGAUCAUAAGGGUGUAUGCAAGUUCGGUAGAAGCCAGGUGGAUGAGGACAACUUGGAGAUUGUGCGCCGGAGUCAGCUUACCUGUCAAGCAGCUGCAUGGCAUGGUGUUACCACACCAACUGAGAUGAACUCAUUGAACCUUUCAAUGUCAAUAAAAGGCCUACGAACAGCGGCAGAGCAUCUGUGCUCAUUGAUUCAGUCCUUCUCGGCGUCCUGGAACUCGACUAAUCGUUUGAGAGAUUGUCGACAAGAGAUCACACUGGUCGGAAUUGGGUUGCGAUCCUUUGAGCGAUACCUCCAGCGACUUGAUAGAGUCGACCCUCAGCGUAAAAAGCUCAUUCAAGUUGAUGACCUCGUUAUCACAUUCUCCGAUGCGAUCAUGGUAUUUUCGGAAUUCGAGGAACUCCUCCGGCAACUUGAGACGAAGAAGAAUGCUGGGGUAAGGAUAACAUGGGUUCACUACUCUAAACUCUUCCAGCAGCAUCUUGAAAGGAUCCAGCGGCUCAAGGAAUCACUUAAUGACACGAACAUCGAAGCACAUGAGAACAGGGAGAGGCUUCAAGAGUUGGUCGAGACCGUCAUUAACGAGAAUCAAGCCCUGAAAUCGAAAUUGAAUCUGUUGGAGGAUCGCUUUGAUGCAAGAAGCACUUUCACUCGUGAUGUCGACGAGAGCAGCGAAACGGCCACAAUCAGAGAUGGUGAUACGGCGGAUCGGUCUCGAGACUCAACCCGUCCUACCAAUAUUUCAAAUAGAAUCUCGUUCGCUUUUGAGAAGAUUCUUCAACAAUCGUGGGUCUACAAGCGAAACGAGAAGAACGGCUGCGACCAAUCAUUUAUUACCACGACAACCGACGCUCGAUCAAGGACGUGGUCAAUAUUUUCAGGCAUAAGCAUGGCGCAUAUCUCGAUCUUGUCUGUGAUAGCCAUGCCAAUUACCCUGCUUGACAUCAACCAUGGCCAUUAUUACGAAGUAAAGUCUGGGUUGAUUGAUUCGGCCAUGGCCGCUGGUGAUGAAGGGGACAUGCCAGGUCAUCGCCAAGUCUUACCAUAUCAACCUGAGCAUCCAGAACCACAAAUCAACAGUCAAUUAGGCGAAUUAAGAGUAGGCGAAGACCGAAUAAAACACGAAGAUAGUGAGGGGACACUGAGUGACAGGGCAAUUCACAUAGAACCUAGCUUUCCGUGCAAAGCUUGUAACCAGCUGCUGGUGGAAGGAACGGCCUAUGAGCUUGGCGUCGCAGCUGGAAAUCGAUGGCAUGUGGAUUGUUUCAGGUGCAACACGUGCCAGGUCCUGCUGGAUCUCGACUCAAACCUCUUACUUCUGGGUGACGGAUCACCAAUCUGCAACCAAUGUGUAUAUGAAUGCAAUGCCUGCGGGAACAAGAUCGAGGAUUUUGCCAUCCUAACAGGGGACCAAGCCUUUUGCGCGACAUGUUUCCGUUGUAUGAACUGUAACCUACAGAUUCAGAAUCUGAGAUACGCCAGAACCUCCCGGGGCAUAUUCUGUGUAGGCUGUCACGAGAGAUUGGUGGCCCAAAGGAGGAGAAGGGCUAAAUCAGGAGGGAAAACCCUAUCUCCACUUCCUGAGAAUCCGCCGAUUGAAUGGCGAUAUUCUGAUUCAACGAAAGGAGAGGAGGAAGAACCAGAGCCGCCGCUACCUUCAUAUGAAAACUUCAUAUAG